GGCCUAGCCCGUUAAAUGAAUGUUGUGGGUGAUGUCUAUGAGAUAGCUCUAGUUAGCUACACUAUUGUUCUUUUUCUGAGACCAUAUUGUGUCGCUUGGGUUCCAGGGUUCUACCACGAACAGAGCAGGCCUGACCGGGAUAAUUACGUGGAGAUUGUUUGGAGCAACAUCAAGGAAGAAAACAAACACAACUUCGAGAAGUACAACCACGGAGUGAUUGACAGCUUGGGCGUGCCGUACGAUUACGGAUCUAUCAUGCACUACGGGAAGCGCGACUUUGCCAAAUGGCCUUGGCAAACCACAAUUAAGGUCAAGAAAUCAGGCGCGUCUAUUGGUCAGCGGUCACACCUCAGCGCGCUGGAUGCAAAACAGAUGAACCUGUUUUAUAACUGCAAAACGGAGGUUUAAUCGAACGUAAAAAAUAAAGAUACUGAAAACCA